UUCUAAAAGAAGGCCCAAUUUGCAGAUAAACCCUAGGGUUUCAGUUAUAACCCGCAUUUCUUCUCGGCUGAAGAUCGUAAAACGGAGUAGCAUCUGCAGCAGACAUGGUGAAGUAUUCGAAAGAGCCCGAAAAUCCCACCAAGUCCUGCAAAGCCAGGGGUUCUGAUCUCCGUGUCCACUUCAAGAAUACAAGGGAGACAGCCCAUGCUCUACGGAAAUUGCCUUUGACCAAGGCCAAAAGGUACUUGGAGGAUGUUAUGGCUCACAAGCAAGCCAUCCCAUUCCGGCGCUUCUGUGGUGGAGUUGGGCGAACUGCACAGGCUAAGAAUCGUCAACCAAAUGGUCAAGGGCGGUGGCCGGUUAAAUCUGCUAAAUUCAUUUUGGAUUUGCUCAAGAAUGCUGAGAGUAAUGCAGAGGUGAAAGGCUUGGAUGUGGAUGCUCUAUACAUUUCUCACAUUCAAGUGAAUCAAGCUCAGAAGCAGAGGCGUCGGACGUAUCGUGCACAUGGAAGAAUUAACCCAUAUAUGUCUUCCCCAUGCCACAUUGAAUUAACUCUUUCGGAAAAGGAAGAACCUGUGAAGAAAGAGCCUGAGACCCAGUUGGCACCAAGGAAAACAAAGGCAGCUGCUUAGUUGUUCUCCCUUUUUGAAUGGCGAGUCUUGAACUGUUUUUCUUUUUUCAUUUCUGUAGUACCAUUACAAAAUUUUUGCUUUUGUACUCUUGAUAGCGUAUUGUGAACUUUGAAGUUUCAUUAUAUCAUAAUUGUUUUGGGAA